CGUUCCAACAACAACAACAAAUACAACAGACGAAAGAAUAAUCCGAUAAUUUCAGGAAAAAGAUAAUGUCAUGAUACAUGCGAUCUUGUCAUGCGGCUGAAAAUUCCAAAUCCUCAACGAUAAAUGUCUUUUUCAAAAGAACAGAGAAUCGUUCAGACUAACUAAUCAUCUAACCUGAACAUACAGAAAUCUUAAUUUUCUUCUGCGUUGAUUUCUUAACUAGAAAGUGACCUAAACCAUGAAGAACCCAACCAUUGAAAGAGAGGAAAAAAUACCAGAGUGUAAAAUACCAAUUAAUAUACCAAUGCCUGUUAAACUUAGCCUCAAAAUUUUAGCACUGUUUUUGCUGCUACUUCAAAAGUCAUGGAUGUCAUUAACCGUUACGGCUGCAAUAUUUACAGUCAUUUAUAUUGUGACAGGUGGCUGGAUUUCUUUCCUUUUUCUUUUUUGCUGUAUGUCAUCAAUUUUGUAUCAGGCUGAAGAUGGUCUUCUCUACUAUCCUGAUGUGCCUAAAAAUUCUAGAGUUGUGGUACUUGAACCCACAAAUCUGGGUAUGCCAAAUGAGACAGUCUAUAUCAGGAGUGCUGAUGGAACACUUCUGCACUGUUUCUUAAUCAGGCAACCAGAACCAAUUUGUAACCAAGCUCCAACUAUUCUAUUUCUGCAUGGGAAUGCUGGAAAUGUAGGGAACCGGUUACCAAAUGUUCUUGGUCUCUACAAGUGGCUUGGUGCAAACAUACUCUUACUUGAGUAUAGAGGAUUUGGCUUGUCUAAGGGAAAACCAUCAGAGGGAGGGUUUUAUGCCGAUGCUAGAGCUGCUUUAAAUUAUUUGCAUUCCCGCAAUGACAUAAAUAGUAAAGAAAUCAUUGUCUUUGGACGAUCUCUUGGUGGAGCAGUUGCUAUAGAUGUUGCUGCAUGUCCAGAAUACUCUUCAAAAAUUUGGGCUGUAGUUGUUGAGAACACUUUCACAAGUGUUCCUGAUAUGGCUAAAAUCCUUAUUGGAUCUUACAUUCGAUUCUUACCUUUGUGGUGUCACAAAAACAAGUUUCUGAGCUUGGACAAAGUAUUGAGAGUCACUGUGCCAUGCCUUUUCUUGUCUGGUCUCUCUGAUGACCUUGUCCCCCCAGCAAUGAUGGAUGUUCUUUUCAACCGUUGUGGAUCCUCCACUAAACAAAAAUGUGUUUUCUCUAAUGGAACACACAAUGAAACAUGGAGGUGCCAAGGAUACUUUCAUGCCUGGAUGGGUUUUUUCCUGGAAAUUCGUAAGAAGGAUGCGACACUAGCCGAUACCAACAUUACAAGAAGCCAACCCAGUAUGCAUUUAGUCAUCAAUUCAGUGUGAUAUGCUGAGAAUUUCUUGUGACUUCUACUACUUCCAGAAGAUUUAUAUUUUGUAUGUAUUAUUUUGUGUAUAUUCACAUGAGCUUCCUGAAAGUUGCUCAGUGCCAAUUGGGUCUAAUUUUGUGCUUACUUGACUUAUCAAAGUUUGUAGUAAAUUCUGAGAAAAGCUUCCAAACCAGAAUGUUUCUAUAAAUUUCUAAAAAAUGAAAAUAAAAAUGUAAGGGGAGGUUGCUAUUGUAUUGUACAAUCCUCAGUCAACUGCAUGGUGCAAUACUUUUAAGCUUAUGCUCAACAAAGUCAGUCUUGUCAUAACUCUGAUUAUAGUUUGUCUAACAUGCAGUGUUUGCACAAUGACUACUAAUAUUUUGGUAUGACAGCAAAAUCAUAUUUAUUCUGAUAAGUUCAAUUAAUUAGUUUUCAAUGUAUUUUUAUGUUUCAUUUAUUAAGUGUUUUUAUGACCUCUCUGCAAUUAAUUAUGCAACUGUGAGGGGUUUCAUGUUAUAACUCCAGACUAUGGGUGGAUCAUAAAUUGAUAUAUAGUUUCUAAUCAAUUUUCUGUCUGUGAUUAUUAGUUAGCUAUUUAAAAAGACUUGUAAAAUAAAACUCCUAACUUUGAUCAAAA